AAUCAUCCCCAAGGCCACGGAUAACAAACCAGACACUAAAAACGAGCUCAAAAAGGGCCGUCCCAUGGCCUCCUCUCUCACUACAGCCUACGCCACCAUCGCUCCCUGCCGCACUGCGAACUUCACUACACCAAGGCGUUCGGCAACCCGAAUUCGCUGCAUUGGAUGGGACCCAGAAGGCUUGCUCGGGCCUCCCCAAACCGGUCACAUAGCGAGGCGUGAGUUUCAGAGACAGAUGAAGAGUGAUGCCGAGGCCAGGGAAGCCUUCGAACGCAAGAUUCGCCAAGAGAAAGAGCAUCGCCGAGCUCUUCGACAAUCUCGAGUUGUUCCAGAUACUCUGGGGGAGUUAAUCGAGUACUUUCUUGAUACUGAAGCUCAGGAGAUUGAGUUUGAGAUUGCGAGAUUGAGGCCUCGACUGAAUGAGGAAUUCUUUUCACACUUGAAAUUUGAACUAGGACAACUCCGGUUUGCUGUUUCAAAAACUCAGGAUACUGAAGACAGAUUGUUUGAGCUGGAAGCAUUGCAAAAGGCUUUGAUGGAAGGAACAGAAGCUUAUGAUAAAUUGCAAGCUGACCUCUUAAAGGCAAAGAAAAGCCUGACCAAAAUUUUAACAUCGAAGGAUGUAAAAGCAACGUUACUAGACAUGGUUGAGGGAAAUGAGCUGAAUAGAUCUUUGUUGACUCUUCUCGAUGAAAAUAUAGUAACUGCACAGAAGGAUGGCCAGAAACAAGCUGUAGCGUUCAUGGAAAAGCUUCGUGGGGCGAUGCUGAAGUACAUGACUGUUUAAGAUUCAGGCGGUAAACAUAUUCUACCCCUCCAUUAGUGAGAGAGGCAGAGUUGGUUCUGUUGCCAACUGUUGUUUAGCAUUCUGCUAUACUGCAUCUGGUUACUAUAGUUGUAUUAUCAUAUUAUGAUAUCUCAAAACGGGAAAUUGGCUAUUGUCUUCAGACCAGCUUAUGUUAAUGAGAUUUAUUUGUCGUGGAAAAAAGAAAAAAAGAUUGAAAAGAAGAUUUAGUGGUACUUGAAUUAAAAUGAGCAGUGAUGUUUCUGCAUGGACUGAAGUAGACUACCUCCAGGUUGAUUACAGAAAUUAGGAAACAAAAUAUCGAGAUGUACUCCUUUCAUUUGAGACAUAAGUCACAUAAUACACAACAGAAUGGUUCCAUU